AUGGUCUGCUUGCGCCCGGGGGCGCCCUUCGGCGAGGACGGGGGCCCCGUCGGGGGCAGCAUCAGCGCCGGGGACCCCCCAUUCACCCAACCCUCCCUGGAGGUGGUACCUUGCCUGACAGCUGGGUCCGCGGGCCCGCAGGAGCAGGCGGCGCUAACGACAGCGUUGGUGCCAAGUCUUGGAAUAAAGCUCCUCUCCAGCCGCUCCUACCUCCAGCGCCACCAUCUUCUCCCGCCGCCGCCGCCGCCGCCGCGACCGCAGCCGCCCUCGCCCAGCUCCGGCUGGGGCUUCGCCGCAGCCGCUCAGGCCCCUCCGGUCCUGCGGCCCCACCCCCUUCCCCCCACCCUCCCGCCCGCCCCUCGUGACGCGCGCCGGGGCCGAGCCGGCAGGCGGGCGAGGGAGGGCGCCGCUGGGGGGAGCGCGCGCGCGCGCCGCGAGCUAGGAGCGCCCUUGCCUCCCACGCCCACCCGCGCGCACGCCCGGCGCGCGAGCACGAAGCAGCCGGGCGGCGUCUUCCACGCGCAGCCUCUGAAGCGCCCCAGCCGAAGGGCUGCAGCAGCUGCGGCCAACGUCUGCGCGCAGAAACAGGCCGCGCUGCCGGACCUCGAAUCCCGGCCGCCGCGUCGGCUCCGGAGGGGUGUUCCCUUAACUGAGUUACUGCGGAGCUUUCCCGCUGCCCCGGCCCCUAAAAUGACGCCUGUAUUGCACAGCCUGGCAGGCGCACACGGCCCCCCAAGGAAGGAGGGUUGCCGGUACGUCUGGAGCGGGCUGCAGGCCUGCCUUUAA